AUGAUCCAACCUCAAUGCCAGUGUAACCUAAGUGGCACAAUUUAUGACUUUUGCUACCAUCUACCGCCGAAACCACACGUUAUUGGAAGACGAUUCGAUUGCGCAAAUGCCGCACACCUGAAGUACCUAGGUCUCCUAUCAGCAGAGUAUGCCCUUCAUGUGAAGAAGGAUGAGUUUCCAGAGCAUGUGUUCGUUACGGCAAUGUCUGACAAUCAUUUCAAAGAAGGACUAACACUCAUAGCGAACAUACGGGAACUAUGGCCACAAAGGAAAAACCUAGUCUAUGAUUUGGGUCUGCCCCCAAAAUACGUUAAGGAGCUGCAGAUGACCUUGAAGGAAUUUGGAGCGGUUUGGUACAUGGACACUUCGAUACGGCGGAGAAAGGAUCGUCUCGAUCAAGUAUAUGAUGAAAUACGGUGUCGGAGGGAUCACGAUUGGCCAGAAUAUGACCAAUCAGUAAUCAACUUUCUACUCGCCAAUGCUUACGGGUACAAUGCAAAGAACUAUGUUAGCUGCCUUGGAUUUGAAGGAGCUAUUGUUAAUCGAACAGCAUCGGAUUCAUAG